AUGCAAUUCUCAACCCUUCUCGCGAUUUCACUACUCUCUCCCCUUUCCCUCUCAGCAGCCCGUAUCUACGGAAUAGCCGUACCUACAACCAUCGCCCCAGGUAUACCAUUCACCCUCCAAGUCCUCACACAAAACUACAUCCAGACAGUCUACGACAGUUCGUCUUCCCAACAUCCCCAAUCAUCUAACAAAACCAUAACCCCAUUCCACCCACCCAUUCCCACCUCAUUCCACCCUCCCCCGAAACAUACACAGCUAACCCCCAACCCCGCAGUCGCAAUAGCCAUCGGCAUCCAACCAAGCCCGGGACACCCAAAAACCCUCGGAACCGUCCUGACAACCGCAUAUCUGGGCCCCGAAAAAUCCAACAUCAUCACACCGCUAAACUACACGCUUACCAUCGACCCCCGUACCCCGAAAGGCACUAAUUUCACGAUCGUCGCGUCGCUGAUGAGCUUGUAUGGUGUGAGUAGUGGCCCCGUCUUGGGUUUCUGGAAUCAGACGGUUGCGGUUGGGGAGGAGACGAGUGAGGUGUAUGUUAGGACCCCAGAUUGA